UUCUUGCCUUUAACACCGACGAAUUGCCAUCACAAACGUGGUCGAACGGUCCCCAGGUCCCCAGUCCUCAGGGCCCUGAUUCAAGUACAUAAGUACAAAAUACAAAUACAUAAGUACACCAACCAGUGAUUACCAAAUACCACCGAAAACCCCCAUUCAGUCCAUAGAAUGAAAAUGAAAACAGAACGGAGAGAAAUACCAUCUUUGCUAAAAAAAGUUUUGACAACUGAUGUUCACUUAACUGAUGCUUUUGUCAAUCAAACUGAACGAUUCUUGCCUUUGAGACAAAUCAAAAUUUACUAUAAAUUUUUAGAAGUUUCAGGGCAUGGACUACUUUGGCUUUCUGGCUGGCUAGCCUUUAUAUGGAUUGCAAACAACAAAAAUUUGUAUCAAAUGCAAGUUAAUUUAUUAAUAGGAUUGUUGUUCGACAUAUUGACAGUAGCGAUAUUAAAAGCUGUAACACGCCGACGACGACCUUCUGAUAAUAAAAACUCAUUUGAACUAGGACCCGACAAAUUUUCGUUUCCUUCUGGUCAUGCUUCGAGGGCGUCAUUAAUAACAUUCUUCUUCUUCAGCAUUCAUCCCGUUUCUUCAGUCUUCAUACUUACAUUUUUUUCAUGGACAAUAUCAAUAUGUUUAUCGAGAAUUCUUUUGAGAAAACAUUAUUUUCUGGACAUAAUCUGUGGAAUUUCAUUGGGCAUCAUGGAAGGUUUUUUUAUCAAUAUGAUAUACUUAAAACGGGCAACGUGUGUCGAAUUUGUAUCCUGGAUCACCGAUGAAAAACUUGAUGGUGGCGAAUUUCAUGUAUGACUGAAUGAAUUAAAAUAAAAAAUUUAUAGCCGUUGAAAAUCGCUGUGUUUAAAUGAUAUAAUAAUAUGAUUGAAGAUAUAAAAAAAAGGACCAGGUAGAAAUAAUUAUAUAAACUUUUGUCAAUAAUAAUCAAACUGCCGAAUUCAACUGUUCCUUCGAGUCAAUAUUUGUCCAAAUUUAUCAAAAAUUGUGGAAAUUUUUUGAAGUAUAUUGAUCUGAAGGCGUUAUCAGAGCAAAGUCAAAAUAAUUGGAGACCAAUAUAAUUUAUAUAAAGCAAUUCUAUGCAAAAAAUAUCUUUUUUACACUUCAUUUUUGUCUUAGAUGACCUUGUUUACUUAUAAUAAAUUAUUAAAGUUGUUAAUUUUUUGGAGGUAAGCACAGGGGUAUAGGGCGGUUUUAUUAUUUUUUGAGAUCAACCAAGCCAUCCCCUCGAUCAAAAGUUUUUGAAUUUUUAUUUUUUUUUACUUAUCUUAGACUAUCGUUUAAUGAAGUUUUGAAUUAAAAUUUCGAUUUUAAUCAAUUUGAAUUAAUUCACAUAACAUGAAUAACGUAUAAAAAAAAUUACGAUAAAUUUUAUUUAUUGAAAGAGAUUACUUAGCAUAUAUAAAUUAAUGUGAUACGCAAGUUUUUUUAACCUAAUAAAACUCAAUUAAUUUUCAUGUAUUAAUUUAAAUUAUACAUAUAUUUAUAAAUCACGAUAAUUAAUGCACAAUGACCAAUCCUGUUAAAUAAAUGAAAUGAUACACGUAUAUUGCAAAACAAAAAAUUAUGAAAAAAAAAAAUAACAGUAUAUUUUAAAAUAAAAUAACUUCCCCAAUACCACUAUUUAUUUUCUACAAUCAAUUAAACUUUUUACACUAUCUUUAAUUAUCAUACACUGAAAAAUAAAAAUGAAUCAGUGACCAUGUAUGCAUUGGCAUACGAAUCACACAAAUACAUGUAUAACAUAUUUGUACACACUUGUAUGCAUGCAAGUGUAAACAACGUCAAGAUUUCCAACGGUUUUUACUUAUAUAUCAUCUGUUGGUACAGAAUAUUGAGGGAAAAAAGGCAAAAAAAAAAUGAAUAAAAAUUUCUGUACUUUUCUGUAUUUUUUAUAAAAAGUCUGGAAAAAUAUGGUACCCCUGGCGGAAAUGGUGUGAGCUAAGCCAGAAGAAAACGAUAUCGCUUUUGUCGCCAAAGCCAGAGCAAAGCCAGAGAUAAUAAAAACAGAAUAAUAACGAUAUCAAACGUAAAUUUGGGCUUUAUAUGGAUAUAUUAUUUAGAUUAAAUUAUUAUUGAACUUAUUUUUAGCAAUAAUAUUGAUGUAAAGAGAUAAAUAUAAGUAUAACAAGUAAUGUAAAAGUUGACAGAUUUUGACGUUUUGAGGUUGACUUGAAUCGGCUAAACACAAAAAUCCCUAGCGUGAAGCAAUAGUAAAUCCAGACCUUUUCCAGAGUGAAGCCAGACUUGUAAAAAAGACAUUUAUUUAU